GCGGCAGGCGGGGCGGGCUGUCGGGGAGGCACCUGGAUGUUGGAACUUUCCGAGUGAAGUGGAAGAGAGGACCCUGAAGCCCGAGUGGCCGUGAUCAGUGGGGCCGAGCAGGGAACGUGGCUUCUUCAGAGAACUUUGAGUGUGGACUCGUUCCAGUCGUCAUGGCUCCUGACCAGGAGACAAAAGAGAGCACAGAAACACAGCUGGAACCUAAUGGUGAAAAUAAUGUUCACAUGAGGUACAGUGCCAUCACUCCUCCAGCAUCUCCUGACCUAACAGAGGUGAAUUCACAAACCUAUUUGGAUGAAAGGAUCCCAAUUCCAGAUGAAAGUUCGACUCGGUUUAGCUUUCGAAAGCUCUGGGCCUUCACAGGGCCUGGGUUUCUGAUGAGUAUUGCUUACCUGGACCCAGGAAACAUUGAAUCCGACCUUCAGUCUGGAGCUGUGGCAGGGUUUAAGCUGCUAUGGAUCCUGCUAGCAGCUACCAUCAUAGGCCUGCUCCUGCAGCGACUAGCUGCACGUUUGGGAGUGGUAACGGGUAUGCACCUUGCUGAAGUCUGCCACAGACAGUAUCCAAAGAUCCCCCGGAUUGCACUCUGGCUGAUGGUGGAACUGGCGAUCAUCGGUUCGGACAUGCAGGAAGUGAUUGGAUCGGCCAUCGCUCUGAACCUGCUCUCUGUCGGAAGGAUUCCCCUGUGGGGCGGAGUAUUAAUUACUAUUAUAGACACGUUUGUGUUCCUGUUUUUGGACAAAUAUGGUUUAAGAAAACUGGAAGCCUUCUUUGGAUUUCUCAUUACAGUUAUGGCUGUCACAUUUGGAUAUGAGUAUGUAACUGUAAAGCCAGACCAGGGACAGUUGCUGAAGGGGAUGUUUGUUCCCUACUGUCAAGGCUGUGGAACCCGCCAGUUGGAACAGGCAGUUGGAAUCAUUGGAGCAGUGAUCAUGCCUCACAAUAUCUACCUACACUCUGCCUUAGUCAAAUCCAGGGAUGUGAAUCGAGCCAAUAAGAAGGAAGUGAAUGAGGCGAAUCGUUACUUCUUCAUCGAAGCCUGCCUGGCUUUGUUUGUGUCUUUCCUCAUUAACGUCUUUGUGGUCUCGGUGUUUGCGGAAGCCUUUUAUAAUCAGACCAACGCGCAAGUGCAUGAAGUUUGUUUCAACAACAGCAGUCCACAUUCCAAUCUCUUCCCUUUGAAUAACAAGACUUUGGAUGUUGACAUCUAUAAAGGGGGUGUAGUUUUGGGCUGCUAUUUCGGUGGUGCUGCUCUCUACAUCUGGGCCAUUGGCAUCCUGGCUGCAGGUCAGAGUUCAACAAUGACUGGAACAUACUCGGGACAGUUUGUCAUGGAGGGCUUCCUGAACUUGACAUGGUCUCGCUUUGCUCGUGUUCUCUUCACUCGAUCUAUUGCUAUAAUCCCAACACUACUGGUGGCUUUGUUCCAGGAUGUCGAACAUCUGACUGGGAUGAAUGAUUUCCUCAAUGUUCUUCAGAGUAUGCAGCUGCCGUUUGCAUUGAUCCCAAUAUUAACGUUUACCAGUAUGAGCUCGGUAAUGCACGACUUCGUCAACGGUCUGACAUGGAAGAUUGGUGGUGGAGUAAUUAUUUUUAUCGUCUGUGCCAUUAAUAUCUAUUUUGUAAUAGUUUACGUUUCGAGCCUGGGACACGUGGUACUUUACGCAGUUGCAGCCUUCAUUUCACUUGCAUACUUGAGUUUUGUCGCUUACCUGGCCUGGUAUUGUGCAGUCUCACUGGGAGUCCCCUUUCUGAACUGCGGACGCACGACUGGUUUGGGAACUCCUACGGAACUCUCUCUGCUGAGUAAUAUGGACAACCAUACGUAAUCUCAUGGUGACCUCAAGAUGAUGGUAUUAGAAGAUUAAGAUGAAGCCCUUUCAAUGCUGCAGUCAUUAUGUAGAAUUUACUUAGACUAAAGUCUCUACUUCAAGCAUA